GCCGAAUUUAGCCAAUUUCACAGUAUCACGAUAGAGAGAAGGGAGUACACUGAGGCUACCAAGUCGAGAGAACCCGUGGGACCAAUAUCUUGAACAACCCAGCAUGGCGCAGGAUAUCAAUGUCAUGCUGUAUGGGCUCGGAGCGAUCGGAUCGUUCUACGCCUUCAUCCUGGACCGCACGAAGCGCGUGCGGUUGACCGUGGUGGCUCGUUCCAACUACGAGGCUGUCAAGAAAGACGGGCUGCGUAUCCAAAGCAUGAACCAUGGCGACCACGUCGUACAUCCGGCCAAAGUGGUCAGAACACCAGCCGAAGCCGGGGAAACGUACGACUACAUCGUGUGCGCGCACAAGGCCAUUGACCAGGCGUCCAACACCAAGCAACUGGCUCCCGCCGUCGACGAGAGCAAGACGUGCAUCGUGAUCAUCCAGAACGGCGUGGGGAACGAAGACCCGUUCCGGGAAGCAUUCCCCAAGUGCGCCAUUCUGAGCUGCGUGACGUGGGUAGGAGCCAGCCAGAACACGCCCGGGGUGGUCCACCACUGGAAAUCCGAGAACACGCAGAUCGGCAUCUUCCGCAACGAGGCGCUGGCCCCGGCGCUCGAGCGCGCUCGCCUGGACGAGUUCACGGGGCUGCUGCGCGCGGGGGGGACGCCGUUCAGCGUCGAGGACAACGUGCAGGUCCAGCGGUGGGAGAAGGUGGUGUGGAACGUGGCGUGGAAUUCGCUGACCACACUGACCAUGCUGGACACGCACGCGUGGCUGGCGUCGUCGCCCGACGCAACGCCCAUGACGCGCCGCCUGAUGGGCGAGGUCAUCGCCGUGGCGCGGUGCUGCGGCGUGCCCCUCCGCGACGGCCUGGUCGACGAGCUGAUCGCCCGGAUCCUCGCGAUGCAGCCCAUCGGCAGCAGCAUGCAGACCGACUGCAGGGUCGGCCGGCCCAUGGAGGUCGAGGUCAUCCUGGGCACGCCGGUGCGCAAGGCCCGGGAGCUGGGCGUGCCCGUCCCGAUCCUCGAGGUGCUGUAUACCCUGCUAGUGGCGGUCAACUCGCGGAUGAAGCCCAGUCCGUCGUAGCGCCACGUCGGACGAGGGUGAGAAUCGAGGCCUCGCUUUCUUCUAUAACUAUAUAUAUAUCCGUCUGGAGUGAUCCAUUGAUAUACUACGCUAGGAGCGAAAAAGGGGAGCCAUCAAGAGUCUUU